AUAUCCUCGUGGGUUGCCCUUGAACGAACCAGCCAGUGGAAGACAAAUCCUAGUGUGCGGCUCCCAACUAUCAACCGUCCAACCCUGCUGGCUGAGUGGGUAGACAAGAAGCGAUACAAAUCUAGGUUGAAUGAACCCGACAUGUACAAGGAUUGUGGCACCGAUUUUGCUGAAAGUGUGAAGAAGUGGUGGUCUUCCUUGCAGACAGCAUGGAGGCAGGAAUCUGGUAGAGACAUAUCGUCUUCGCAAAACAUAGGUUCUCAUAACUGGAAACACAUCGACAAAUUUGGAUUGAAUGGCUGGUUUGGAAUUCUGGUUUGCUUAAAAUGGUGG